AAGGUAGAUUUAUUCUUGAGAUUUUGUGAUUUGAAUAAGUUCCGAGCCUUGUGCACUUGUGAGACCCGUCUCACGAGUGUACGGCAUCUGUUACGCCCUCGGCUUUGGGUUCUGGGGCGUGAUAGCCACAACAGGUCAAACGACAGAUUGUGGUCCAGUUGUGGGAUAAUCUCCCAGAUGCCUACACAGCGUGGGGACAGGUCCUUCGAGAGCAUCGGGACAUGUAUUGGAAUAUAUUCAGUCAAACAUAUGAAUGGGAUCCUGCGAUUGAGGGUUAGGUAAAAGAUUUAUGGAACAUGAUAGCAAGGAUCAAGUUCAAGCAUGCACUUAGUGAGUUGAAAGCUAAGUGUGCAAAGAGAAACUUUCAAACUAAGCCUCCAGAUAUGAAUCCAGAGUUAUGGGCGAAGCUUGUUCAUUUAUGGACUGAGGACGAGGGUCAUUUGAGAAGGUCAAGUUUUACCAAGGCUAAUCGAGCAAAAGGACCGAGGGUGACGCAUACCAGUAGUUCAAUGGACGUUAAUGUUUAUAGAAAGAAAAUGCAACAAGCAAACCCCGAGGGUCAUCCACCAACAUAUCCUAAGGUCUACACUAGUAGAAGGCAGCACAAAGGAAAAGGAAAAGACCAACUGCCUAUAUAUUGUAAUGAUGAGGCUCAAGAAAUUGAAGUAAGUAUUUAACUUAACAAUUUUAUUUUAAAUUGUGUCAUGAAUUAAUUGAAAUUAUUUUA